GCAGGUAAAAAUUAAUCGAAAAACUCGCUAAAAAUGUCGAAAUCGAAUUUGUUCAUUUUAUUGAAAUUUUUACUUAUUCCGGCUUUUUGGACUGCGAACGCACAUGGCGAUUAUCUUCUAGUUUCGGAUUGCGGUGAACGCGCUUCUUGCUUGUCGCAUAUUAAUGAAGAAAUUGUAUCACUGAUAACUCGGAACGUAGAUAAUAACACUACUCCAUGUGAAAAUUUUUGGAAAUAUGCCUGCGGUUUGUGGUCACCGGGACUAUUUUAUGAUAUCGUGGAUAAUUUUGGGGUGGUAAACAAAUAUUAUGUAAAGAAAUUUGAAAAUUUUUUUGAGACAUCCGGAUAUAAGAAUGAAAUAAAAGAAAAUGUGUUAUUAGAAAAGUUACACACCUAUUAUAUAGCAUGCAAGAAAGGUCAGAAUGACUAUUUGCCUAUGCAAGAAUAUUUGCAAGCGUUACCACUUAGUACUUCACUUAAUUGGACAGAUUUAAUAGAUGCGCCGAUGUGGAAAGACGACUACUGGAAGCAACAUUUGAAUCAUUUCAAUUGGUUGCGACAUAUUGCUGAAUUACGUAGAUUCGGUUUAAAUGGUAUAUUUAUAGAUGAGUCUGUAGGUUUUUCAUUUAAUGACUCUAUGAGUUCGAUUAUAGAAAUAGAAAUGCCUAGUGACGAGCAUAAUUUAGAAAAUAAUUAUGAUUUGGUGAAAUCGUAUUUUGCUCUGGGUUUAACUAAUGAGAUAAGUGAAAAUUUAAUUAAACUCUCACUAAAUUUAUAUGAAUUCGAUGAAGAGUUGAAAACUUUACGUUUGAAAUAUCAGGAGGAAAAGGGAGUGGGCAUGAUUUUGACAUUACAACAAUUCAAACAUGUUGUGCCCAAUAUAGACUGGCAACUAUAUUUUAAUAUUUUAUUAGAUGAAGUAGCGCAGCCUGAAUUGAAAAUUGCUGUGUCGUCUAUUGAUUAUAUGCGUGACGUUGCUGCUUUGCUCUCCCAGAAGGAUGAAAAAGUCAUUUAUAUGUACAUACAGUUGCAUUUAUUUAAAUAUCUACAAGAUAUAGGCUUUACGAAAAGCUGCAUUGAUCAUAUGGGUGUUGUUAUGCCUCUGGGUAUGGAUUAUAUUUAUAAACAUCACAUAUAUAAAACAUAUAACGAUGAUGAGAGAAUUUUGCAAAAUAUUUUUAAAAAAUUAAAAUUAAAAUUUGACCAACAACUGAAGGAAAAUAAAUUACAACUAAGCAACGAAUCACAAAGUUAUCUUCUAGCAAAAUUAAAUACAAUGAAGCUACGAUUAGGAAAUCUGCCACAAUAUACAUCCUUACAAUACUACAAUUCUUACUACACCGCACUUAAUAUCACAUCUUCUAAUUUUUUUAACAAUCACUUGAUUUUAUUGCAGUUCCGUACACAGCAGCAACACUCCGCCGUUGUGCAUAUGAAGGCCUAUAAUGAGGAUGAAUUCUAUGUCAAUGACGAUUUACUUCAAAUACGUAAUGCGCCUUAUUUCGUGCAUCAACGGAAUCUAUUAAUUGUGCCUCUCAUUUUUAUGAGUAUGCCAUUUUUUCAUAAUGCAUUGAAUCCUUUGUUUCAAUAUAGCGUUGUUGGUUGGAUAUUGGCACAUGAAAUGCAACAUGCCUUCGAAAUCGAAGGCAUUAUGUAUGAUGAACUCGGCAAUGUUAAUAUGCCACUUGCAAUAACCACAAAACAGCAACCCGAAUUUGCCGCAGCAGUGAAGUGCUUGACACGCUCUCCAACCACAGCACUUAUCGAGCGGAUUGCGGACGUUAAUGGCUUCCAAUUGGCCUAUGACGCAUACUUCGACGCCGCUAAUGCAAGCUUUCCGGAAUAUAUGGAGUUUUCUAAUGAAUUCAGUGCAAAGCAGUUGUAUUUUCUUAAUUUUGCACAAUUUUUCUGUGGAACACUACCAGCUCCAAUAGGUCAUGACAGUGAUGAUGUACGUGUUAUAGAGACCGUCGCAAAUAUGCCUGAAUUUGGCGUGACUUUUAAGUGUUCGCUUGGUCAACGUGAGAAUCCAAUAGAAAAGUGUCAAAUGUGGCGGUGAUAAUAAUUUUACC